AUGGCAUCCCUAUUUAAAUCACCAACAGAUCUGUAUGGCAAUAAGAAUACUAAUAAGAAUAGUGUUGGUAGUAGCGGUAGUAAUAAGAAUGCAGCUUUUAUUAAAACGAGUUCUCCUAAUUUAUACAAUUUAAAUAAAAAUUCAAGUACUAUUGCAACAAGUAAACCCAAAUUAUCAUUACCAUUAGCAUUACAAACAAAUGGAACAGGUAAAUCUCCAGAAUUAUUUACUAAUACAUACUCACCCACACCAAGUGCUAAAAAUAUGACACCCAGUAGUGCUAAUAGUAGCAACAGUAGCACUAAAUGCAAAUCAAGGCCUGUACCACCGCCAAUAAAUCUAAAUUUUGCUUCUACGGCUCCUAUGACUGGUAAGGACAGUAAGCAGCAAAAGAAGGUUCAACCACCACCAUUAAUCAUAAAUGAUUCUCAUAAGGCUGAUAUUGGCAACAUUACUAAUACCAUUACUACUACCACUAGCAGCACUGCCAAUGUUGAUGUUGCAAAUGACAGUAACAUUGAUACAAGAAAUAGCGGUGGUUCCUCUGUAUUAGAAGAUUUUGAAAAUAAAUUAACUUUAAACGAAAAAAAAAUGCUUUCCUCUUCUUCUUCUUCUUCAUCACUUUCUACAUUAACAUCCAAAACUACAACGGCCAAUGGAUCCAAUACUAACACUAACCUGGGUACUGGUAGCAUUAACACGAGCCAUGUUACAGAUAUAGACACUUUGACUGAAAAGGAAUGGCAUAAUGCAACAUAUAUGAAAUCACAAAUACUAACAUUAAGUUUAUUAGGAGAAGGUGCAGGUGGGUCAGUUACUAAAUGUAAAUUGAAAAACGGGAAUAAAGUUUUUGCAUUGAAAACAAUUUCUAAUAAUACCAAAAAUAAUCGUGGUAAGAAUAGUGGCAAUAGCUACGGCACUAGUACUGAAACCAACGUAGGCAACUCAAGGCUGCAAAAUAACAGUAAAGACAUUGAAGAUGAUCUUGAUGUUGAGACUAAGCAAAUUUUACGAGAAUUAAGGUUUAAUAUGAAGUGUUCUAGCUCACCACAUAUUGUUACUAUGUAUGGUAUGUUUUAUGACAGCUCUUUAAUUUAUAUUGCAAUGGAAUACAUGGGUGGAAAAUCAUUGGAUGCAAUAUAUAACAAUCUACAAAUGAAAGGUGGUAGAAUUGGCGAGAAGGUUUUGGGAAAGAUAGCAGAAAGUGUGUUGAGAGGGUUGUCUUACUUGCAUGAACGGAAAAUUAUCCACAGGGAUAUUAAACCAUCCAAUAUUUUAAUGAACUUACAAGGUGAAGUAAAAUUAUGUGAUUUUGGUGUUAGUGGUGAAGCAGUUAACUCUUUAGCAACAACUUUUACAGGAACCUCGUUUUAUAUGGCUCCUGAAAGAAUCCAGGGCCAACCAUAUAGUGUGACUAGUGAUGUUUGGUCGUUGGGCUUAACCAUUUUAGAAGUUGCAGAAGGUCACUUUCCAUUAUUUAGUGCCAUAGAUGGCAACAAUGAUGGUAAUAAUAUCGAUAUCGAUUUGCCGCCUAUUGAAUUAUUAAUGAUGAUUAUAAACUUUAAGCCCGAAUUAAAGGAUGAACCUGAAUAUGGACUCGUUUGGUCUAAAAGUUUCAAGAAUUUUGUAAAUUACUGUUUAAAAAAGAAUCCACAAGAUAGACCAUCUCCAAGACAAAUGCUGAAUCAUCCUUGGAUUCAAGGUCAGAUGAAGAAAAAAGUUAAUAUGGCUAAAUUUAUAAAGACUUGUUGGCAGGAUGAUUAG